CACAGAUGUGAAAUGAAAAUAGACAAAUUAAGCCGCUUGGUUUUGCAGGCGUGCCAAGCCACCGCGCCUAUCAAAUGAUAGGCUAGAAAUCCUAUCAUAUGCUGCCAACCUACAAAUGCUAAGAGAUGAUCAGAAUCUCGAGAGCACGUAGCCACGGGCGGCGGAGGACUGUGUGUCUCAGCGGUGGACGGUAGAGAAGAUACGGCACCCUACUACAAACUUUACUGAAUCAUUGGCGCUGCCUACAGGUGUACGUCCACUUCAUCCAGGCUCAGCUGCGGACGGGAGGAUAUUUGUUACUAGCAUUUGAUUAGCGGCAGAGUCUGUCUGCCCUGUUGCUACCCUCCCCACCAGCGUUGAUCGCCCCGUCGCUGCCUCCGCUGUCCGGGGCUUUUCCGCGCUGCCCUACCGUUCGCCCCACGGCCGGGGGGUGAGGGGAGAGGGGAGGGCGCUGGUUGACCCACUCCCGGGACGGACACGGACACCUCGCCGGCGAUGGCGAGCAGCGGGACGGUGACGGAGGGGCCGCCGGCCGGCGGCGGCGGCGAGGAGGUAUCGGGCGGGCGAGGGUCCGGAUCCCCGGUGUCCACACUAAGCCAACGGGAGAGCAAGCUGCAGAAGCUGAAACGUUCCUUGUCGUUUAAGACCAAAGGUCUGAGGAGCAGGAGUGCGGAGAACUUUUUCCAGCGCACCAGCAGCGAGACGAAGCUGCAGGUGGAACUCCUGCCUGGCAUCGGCUCCAACAAUGGGCCGCUCCCCGUUUCAGCAAGUCAAACAUCCACACCGACCAAAGGCCAGCGGCCACUUGAGAACAGGACCCAUUCUUUCCUGGAGUACGUAUUCAAGAAACCAACGUUCUGUGAUACCUGCAACCACAUGAUCGUUGGCACCAAUGCUAAGCUUGGUCUGCGCUGCAAGGCUUGUAAGAUGAGCAUCCACCACAAGUGCAUUGACGGUGUGGAACAGCAGCGAUGCAUGGGCAAACUGCCAAAGGGAUUCCGACGUUACUACAGCUCUCCAUUGUUAAUCCACGAGCAAUACGGGUGUAUCAAAGAGGUGAUGCCUAUUGCUUGUAGCAGUAAGAUUGAUCCAGUGUAUGAAACUCUGCGGUUUGGAACCUCCCUGGCUCAAAGGUCCAAGAAGUCUGGCCCAGGAUCAGACUCGCCUCCACACACUUCUGCCUCAGACCUGGCUAAAGUUCCAGAGGAGGGUGCAAGUGCUACAGGAAGAAGACUGAGUCCGAGCCGAAAAUAUAGUGAUACUGUAUUUAAUUCUCUUGAAAAUGGGCUUGAAAAUAUCAUCAGGGAAGAAAGAGUACUUUCUCAUUCUCCGCUGAAAGAACCAGGAAGCAAAGACACUUUGCAGAAAGUUAUUUAUGUUGCCUUGUACAGAUUCAUACCCCAAGAGACUGACGAUCUGGAAAUGCAGGCUGGAGACAGAAUUUUACUGCUGGAUGAUUCUAAUGAGGAAUGGUGGAAGGGUAAAAUUGCUGACAGAAUUGGAUAUUUCCCUGCAACAUUUGUUCAGAGGGCGAUGGUGGGUGAGAAAGUCUUCAGAUGCACAAAAUCGUUCACAAGCCUGCAAGAAGGACAGAUAGAUGUGAAGGAAAACCAGAUCUGUGUGGACAAAGGUGAAGAGAAUAAUGGCUUCAUUAAGAUGCUGCCUGACCUGCUGAGUUCCUCCAGCAUUUUGUGUGUGGGUGUUGCUCUGGAUUUCCAGCAUCUGUAUGAUCUCUUGUGUCCGUGAAGUACGUUGCUUUGCUUCAUAUCAAAUCAGCAAAAAUUGUGUCACCAGGCCUUUGGUGCCGAUGUAGCUUACUGUACAUCUUUGAAAUGUGGGAGGAAAGCCAAGCACCCGGAGGAAACCCACAUGGUCACAGGGAGAAGGUGCAAACUUGCACAGGCAUACAGUGAACUGCGCUGUUUGCCUCAAUGACUAACACAGUCCGAGGAUGUGCUGGGACAGCCCACCAGUGUUGCUGUGCUUCUGGUGCCGAUAUAGCAAGCCCAAAACUCACUAACCUUAACCGUACAUCUAUGGAGUAUAGGGAUCUGGAGGAAUUCCACUCAGUCACAGGGAGAAUAUUUAAACUCCUUACAGACAGCACCAGGAAAUGAACCACAAUCUUACACAACUGGCUGUUGUAAAGCGAUGAGCCAUGUCGCCCCUUUUCUGACUAAUACCAAGAUUCAGAAUAUUUCAAAGAAACUGAAAUGUGGAAAUGGCAUCUUAAAGUUAAGCAGAACUUUAAGAUUUAAUGUUAAUCAUUGCCAGUCAAAUAAAACCACAAUAUUUUAAUGUAAAGAUAAUCCCAGUUCCAAAACUCGGCCAAGGCCAGGUGAUGGGUUGAGUGAGCUCGAGCUUUUCUCUUUGCAAUGAAGGAGGAUGAGACGUGACUGGAUGAAGGUGUACAAAAUGGUAAGGUUUAUAGAUUGAGUGGACAGUGAGGAACGCUAUUAAAAACUGCAGUGGGAUCUGAACCAGCUGGAAAAAUGGGCUGAAAAUGGCAGAUGGAAUUUAAUGCAGACAAGUGUGAGGUUUUACACUUUGGAAGAUAGACCAGGGUAGGACUUACAUGGUGUGUGGUAGGGCACUGAGGAAUAUGGUAAAACAAAGGGAUCUGGGAAAACCGAGCUUUAAUUCCCUGGAAGCAGUGAAGAUAGGGUCGUAAAGAGGGUAUUUGGCACGUUGACCUUCAUAAAUACCAGUACAGGAGUUGGGAUGUUCUGUUGAAGUGGUGUAAGACAUUGGUGAGGCCUAAUUUGGAGUAUUUUGUAUAGCUCUGGUCACCUACUUACAAGAAAUCUAUCAACAAGAGUGAUAGAGUGCAGAGAAAAUUUACAAGGAUGUUGCCAGGAUUUGAGGACCUGAAAGGGAAAGAUUGAUUAGGUUAGGUGUUUAUUCCCCAGAACAUGGGAGAAUGAAGGGAUAUUUGAUAGAGGUAUACAAAAUUAUGAGGGUAUAGAGAGGGUAAAUGCAAGCAAGCUUUUUCGAGUGAGGUUGAGUGAGACAAAAAUUAGAGGUUAUAGGUUAAUGGUGAAAGGCGAAAUGUUUAAAGGGAACAUGAAGGGGAACUCCUUCACUCAGAGGGUGGUGAAAGUUAGAACGAGUUGCCAGCGGAAGUGGUGGAUGCAAGGUUGACUGCAGUAUUUAAGAGGAGUUUGGAUAAGUACGUGGAUGGAAGGCUACGGUCCAGGUGCAGAUCAAUGGGCUUGGGUAGAAUAACAGUUCAGAAUGGGCUAGAUGGGCUGAAGGGCUUGUUUUUGUGCUGAGAUGUUUUACCAGGACGGAAAUAGCUAAUAUAAAAGGACAUAAUUAUAAGAUGAUUGGAGGGAUGUACGGAGGUGGGAGGGGGAAGCUCUCUUUUUACACAGAGAGUGGUAAGUGCUUGGAACACCCCGCCAGGGUGGUGAUAAAGGCAGAGGCAUUAAGGACAUUUAAAAGUCUCUUGGGUCAGCACAUGGAGGGCUAUAUGGGAGGGAAAUGUUAGGAUGAAUCGGUUAAUGGGUCAGCACAACAUCGUGUGCUGUAUUGUUAUGUGUUUGAUGUUGUAACCAAAACUAAAGGAAUGAGUAGUUUAGGCGUAAGAGAUUCUGUGGACACUAUAUAUAAUGCACAAAAUGAUGGAGGAACUCAGCAUGUCAGGCAGCAUCUGUGGAGGGGAAUGAACAGCUGACAUUUUAGGCUACUGAUGAAGGGUCUUGGCCUGAAACGUUGUCCGUUCAUUUUCCUCCAUAGAUGCUGCCUGACCCGUCGAAUAGUUUAAAUGGCUUGUAAUAGAUGCAGUCUUGAUUAGUUUCGAGUUUAAUUUCAUGCUUGUUUUAUUGGGAAUGUUUUCCCUUCACCUUGUAUAAUCCUGUGUGGAUUAGACACAGGGAGGAGAACAAGAAGCUGAGGGCCGUGUAAGCUCGUGGUUUGGCAGCCAGAUCGCUUCAGUGAAUGUGGCUGAGCCACACCAAUGUCCAGGAAGGACAAUUUACUGACGAAGACCAAGUGAUGACUGCUGGAAGUUCCCAGUUGGCAAAGUGUGAUCUGUCCUGGUCUGUGGAAUAAACGUUACAUUAAACAAAAACCUUUGCAUCAUUGAGAGUUUCAUUGUAGAUUCUAGACUAGUUUGUGGAACGGACCAGAAGGAGCUGAUUUCAAUAAUUAACACCUGGGGGAAACAGAAGUAAAAUACAGGUAAUCCUUAAAGAUGAGCUUUAUUUAUCUCAUAUGCCUCGAAAUGCAGUGUUUGCAUCUGACCAACGCAAUGCAAGGUUUGCUGGAGACAGCCCGCCAGUGUUACCACGCUUCCAGCACCGCCAUUUAUUUAUUUAUUUAGAGACACAGCAAGGAAUGCUCAGCAAUCCUGUGAUUUAACACUAGCCUAAUCACGGGACAAUUCACAAUGACCAAUUAAACUACUAACUGUUACGCCUUUGGACUAUCGGCGGAAACUGGAGCACCCAGAUAAAACCCAUGCAUGUGUGGUCAUAGAGAAACAAACUUCACUUAAACGUUGAAAUCGAGCUUGCACGCACCACUUGUGCUGGCUGCUCAUUCCACACUCUCACCACCCUCUCAGUGAAAACAUUUCACCUCAUGUUCCCCUUAAACUUUUCACCUUUCACCUUUAACACAUGACCUCUGGUUGUAGUCCCUCCCAACCUCAGUGGAAAAAGCCUCCUUGCAUUUACCUAUUUAUAUCCCUCAUAAUUUUGUUUCCUUGUAUCAAAUCUCCUCUCCAUCUUCUACAUUCUAAGGAAUAAAGUCCUAAUCUAUUCAAUCUUUCCUGAUAACUCCGGUCCUCCAGACCUGGCAACAUCCUUGUAAAUUUUCUCUGUACUCUUUCAAACUUAUUUACAUCUUUCCUGUAGGUAGGUGACCAAAAUUGCACUUAAUACUCCAAAUUAGGCUUCACCAAUGUUUUGUACAACUUCAACAUAACAUCCCAUCUCCUGUACGCAAUGCAUUGAUUUAUGAAUGCCAACAUGCCAAAAGCUUUCUUUACAAAUCUAUCUUCCUGUGACACCACUUCAAUGAAUGAUGGAUCUAUAUUCUCUGAUCCCUUUGAUCUACCGCUCUCCACAUGCCCAACCUUUCACUGUGUAAGACCUAUCCUGGUUGGUCCUACCGAACUGCAAAACCUCACCCUCGUCUGCAUUAAAUUCCAUCUGCCAUUUUUCAGCCAACUUUUCCAGCUGAUGCAGAUCCCUCUGAAAGUCAUGAUAGCCUUCCUCACUGUCCACUACAACCAACCCCAAUCUUGGUGUCAUCUGCAAAUUUGCUGAUCCAGAGGGACAUUGACUAACCUGACCAACCUGCCAUGGUACUGUUCUUGAACAGGUAAAUGGAUAAGGGGGAUAUGAGUCAGAUGUGGGGAAAUGGGACUUGUAUAGUAUGGAACAUUUGGGCCAAAUGGCCUGUUCCUGUGCUGUAUGACUCCAUCAAUUAACAUUUCAAUUUACAGAACUUUUUUUGAAACUGACACUAUGAUGCCAAUAUCAGAAAUAUUUCCUCUGCUUUAUUCAUCCCUCCCCACCCUCACUGCAAGUUAAAUCUUUAAACUUUGUGCCUUACCUUCCCGGUUAAGAUAAAAGGGCUUUGACCUGAAGCAUUAACUCUGUUUCCCUUUCCAAAAUGUUCCACAACCUCGAUAGAUUCAUAGAGCAAUAUAGAAUGGGUACAAACCCUUCGGCCCAGCCAGUGCCCACCCAGAUAAUCCCAAUUUCCUGUAUUCAUUCAUGGUCCAAGCCAAGCCAAGUCUUUAGGCAGUACUUGUCCAAGUGCUUCUUAAAUGGUACUCCACUAUUGAACCUGCCUCAACAACUUACUCUGGCAGCUCAUUCCAUAUACUCACCAACCUCUGUGUUAAAAAGUUGUCCCUUUCCCUCUCACCUUAGACCUAUGACCCCCAGUUUUGAACUGUACUACCCUGGAGGAAAGACUGUUGCUGCCUACUUUAUCUAUGCCUCCCAUGAUUUUAUAACCCUCUACAAGCUCACACCUCAGUCUCCUACAUUCCAUGAUGUAAUGACCUAAGCUUGGCCAUAAUUCAUGCUCUCUCAUCCUGGCAAGAUCCUUGUGAACACAGGAGAUCCUGCAGAUGCUGCAAUGCAUACAAAAUGCUGGAGGAGCUCGGCAGGUCAGGCAGCAUCUAUGAAGAGGAAUAAGCAGUCAACAUUUCAGGCAGGGAACCUUACUUCAGGCCCGAGUCCUGUUGGAGGGACUAGGCCUAAGACCUGAUGAAAAUAGUUGGCCUGAAAUGUUGACUGUUUAUUCCUUUCCAUAGCUGCUGCCUGACCUACUAAGAUCCCUGUAACUCUUCCCAGUUUUUCCUGUAACACACCUUUCCUGUAAGGUUGAUAUGGUGCCAUGGCAUCACUUGCCAUGGAUUUUACCCUGACGAAAGACACAAAGGCUUUUGAACUUGAGAUGCAUAGUUAAUAGGGAGAUUUUGGAAGUUCUCUGCACGACAGCAGAGGAGAAAUUGGGUAUAUUAUAAUUUACGAAUAUAGAUAAUUUCUUUUGUGCAAUUAAAGAUAGAAAUUACUUUUAUUUGUUACAUGUACAUCAAAACAUCGAAAUAUACAGUGAAAUAGGUCACUUAUUUUCCGUUGACGACCAGCAGUCCUGAAGAUCUGCUGGGGUCAGCCUGUGUUACCAUGGUUCCAGUGCCAACAUAGCAUACCCACAACUUACUAACUAUAACCGGUACAUCUUUGGAAUGUGGGAGGAAACUGGAGCUCGUGGGGGGUGGGAAUGGAAGGGAGAUCCACGCGGUCAUGGGGAGAACGUACAAACUCCUUACAGAUGACUAUGAGAAAUGAAUCCCAGUCACUGGCACUAUAAUAAUGUUACACUAAUGGCUAUACUAUGUAGAAUGCACCAUUUGUAAGAUCAGAAUCAGCUUUAUUGUCAUGGCAUGUGACAUGAAAUUUGUUAACGAUGCUGACAGAUGUUGAAUAGUGGCCUUCAAAGGAAAUUUGAUUGAAGUUGUGGGGCUAGGUAAAGGGUAGGACAUAAUUGGAUAGUCCUUUCAAAGGACUGAAAUAAGUUCUUUAUGUAUCAUUUCAUAAUACAAGCACAUUCAAGAGUUCUCUCCCUUUUAUCAUGUAGAGCUUCUUCAAUGCAUGUUGUGCAUUAAGUAUCAAAAGCCUUAAAGCAUUAUAAAGUGAGAGGGCUAUGCUCUCUUCUCACUGCUUGUAUCAGGAAGGAGGUACUUGAGCCUCAGGACUCACACCACCAGGUUCAGGAACAGUUAUUACCUCUCAAGUAGAGGGGAUAACUUCACUCACACCAACACUGAACUGUUUCCUUAACCUAUGGACUCCCUCCAAGGAGUCUUCAUCUCAUCUUCUCGAUAUUUAUUGCUUAUUUAUUUAUUACUAUUAUUGAUUUUUUCCUUUCUUUUUGUAUUUGCACAGUUUUUUGCCUUUUGCUUACUGGUUGUAAGCCCAGUUGGUGUAGUCUUUCAAUUAUUCUAUUACGGUUAUAAGAUUUAUUGAUUAUACCUGCAAGAAUAUUAAUCUCAAUAUUGUAUAUGGUGACGCAUAUGUACUUUGAUAAUAAAUUCACUCUGAACCUGAUUCUGAUCGAUGGCGAAGGUCAGUCAAACAGGACCUCACCCAAAAUCAGUAAUUACCACAAGAUAAUACCCACUUUGGUCACUGAAUAAUAAACCAGAAUACACUAUUGUUAUUUUUGUCUGUCCUGUGUGCAGUUUUUCAUUGAUUCCAUUGUUCUUCUUUGUAUUUAAUGUGAAUGCCUGCAAGAAAAUAAAUCUCAGAGUAUUAUAUGGUGACAUAUAUGUACUUUGAUAAUAAAUUUACUUUGAACUUUGAGAAAGUAGGUGGAGCAGAAAACCAAACUUGUUGUUGAAUGAUGGAGUCAGAGAAAGUUUU